AUGAGUAGUAACAAGCCACAAAAGAAGAAAUUGGAGCAUGAAAAACUAAGAAAACCUAUGAUAGUGGGAAAGAUAAAAGAGAAGAAAGAAACCUCUCGCCUUAUUAAGGAACUUGCUGCCAUUUGGCCUUUGGAUGGGAAAUCACACCUAAAAAGAGUUAGAAGAACGUCAGAGAAAGAUAUAUUUGAGAUUCUUCUGAGACCUUUGAAAGAAGAAGAAAUUUCUUCAGUUCAUGAAACAUAUUCUCUCAAUACAAUUCUAGGGAUGGAGAAAAUAAACAAAACAGGUCUUCAGGAGCAUGCUUGCUUAAAAUAUGUGCCUAAGCAUCCACCUUUAACAUAUGAGCAGUAUAAGGAAGCAAUUAGGUUUUGGCCAGUUCAGUUUAGAGAAGAUAAGUAUACUGAAAGCAUUUUGAGUGACAAAUUAUUCAGUUUGAAAGAGAAAGAAGACAUUUCAAUGUUUAUGAGAAAAUCCAUUUCAGCUGCUGAGCAUGGUGAUGAAAAAGUUGGAUGCAUUAUUGUAGACCCAUCUUCAUUAGAUAUCGUAGCUAUAGCUCAUGAUUGUCGAAACAGUCAUCCUUUACAACAUGCUGUAAUGGUUGCAGUUGAUUUAGUUGCCAAAAGUCAAGGUGGUGGAUCAUGGAAGUUUGAUAGUAAACACAUCUAUCAUGCACCUUUUGUAAAAGAAGAAUAUGAAAGAAAAAUUGCUGCAUUGAAAAAGUCAAAUCCUGAGAAAGAUGUGAAAAAAAUGUGCAUGCCAUACUUAUGUACUGGAAUGGAUGCGUAUAUAACAAGGGAACCUUGUAUUAUGUGCGCUAUGGCUCUUGUUCACUCAAGAAUUCGUCGUGUCUUUUACGGUUCUAGGACUUCUUGGGGAGCACUUGGUAGUCAUCAUAAUCUUCACUUGCAACAAGGACUAAAUCAUCAUUAUGAAGUUUGGGGAAGGGUAUUGGAAAGUGAGUGCUCAAAACUUGAAUUUAAAUCAAAACUAGAACAGGAUUCUUGACGCACAUAGUGUUUUUAGAAAUGUAUUAUGUUUUUGUAUAAAUUUAAUUAAUAUCUUCUCAAACAAACAUUUAAACAUUUUAGUUGGUU